AUGCCCGUGCAGUUGGUUAAUCAGAUUGCUGCAGGAGAGGUUGUUGAACGCCCUGCAUCUGUGGUUAAAGAGUUGCUGGAAAAUAGCUUGGAUGCUGGCGCGACCAAAAUAAGUAUCGAUAUCGAACAAGGCGGUACAAAACUUAUACGCAUUACUGAUAAUGGUAAUGGCAUCCAUAAGGAUGAUUUGGUUCUAUCCUUAUCUCCACAUGCGACCAGUAAAAUUCGUAGUAUUGAUGAUUUAGAAGAAGUAACUAGUUUAGGUUUCCGUGGUGAGGCUUUGCCUAGUAUUGCUUCUGUGAGUCAUUUACAACUAACCUCCUGUUGGCAAGAUAGUGAUGAUACUUG